UAUAAAUUGUAUAUGAUAUUUAAAAUUCGUAAAAAUUAUUUACAUGAUUUAAAAAAUUCAGCUAUUCACAUAUGUGAGAUAAUUCACGAUAUUUAUGAACAAGAUAUAGGUUAUGCUCAGAUAAAUCUUAUUAUGACAUCAAGAAAAACAAAUGCAAAAAAAAUAACAACUUCGAAGAAAACUACUUCUAAAAAAACAACUAUUUCAAAAAAAUAACAACAAAUGACUGGUUCGACGAAGAGAGUGUUGAUGAGAUUACAGAUGAAUUAUCUGGUAUUUUUUCUGACAGUGAUGUUUCAGACGCUGAUUUUGAAAUGUCUGACCAUGACAGUGGUUCUGAAGAAUCGGCUGAGUCAGAUAAUGAGACUAAUUCAAAUAAUUGGAAUUCAAAUAGUUAUUAUUUGGGUAAAAAUAAAACCUCAAGAUGGAUGAAAAAGCCUUAUUCACACAACAAGACAGCAAAUGAAGUACAUGUUGCUAAAGUUAAUAAACGAGCUGAAAAAUGUAAAACUCCGAUGGAUUGCUGGGAACUAUUCUUUGAUAAGAAAAUGAUUGAAGACAUAGUGCAUUUUACAAAUAUUAAACUACUGAGUAAACAAUCUAAAUUCCAACGUGAUAGAGACUGUGCUCUGACAGAUGUUAUUGAAAUACGAGCGUUAAUUGGUUUAUUAUAUCUAGCGGGAUCAUUGAAAAUGUCUCGAGUAAAUCUUCGAGAUAUUUGGGCGACUGAUGGUACUUCUCCUGAUUACUUUCGAUGCGUAAUGAGUUACACUCGUUUUAGUUUAUUACUUCGAGCAAUCCGUUUUGAUGAUAUAAAUACUCGGAAAGAUCGAGCUUCAAGUGACAAGUUUGCACCCAUCCGAGAAAUUUGGGAGAAAAUCAACGUCGUAUGUCAAGAAUGUUAUUCUCCAGGUCAAGUAUUGACUAUUGAUGAAAUGAUGUCAGCAUUUCGCGGCCGUUGUAGCUUCAAGCAAUAUAUGCCAAAAAAACCCGAUAAAUAUGGUCUAAAAACAUUUGCUCUUGUUGACUCACAGAGUUUUUAUGUCUUGAAAAUGGAAAUAUAUCUUGGUAAACAAAAAAAUAAGAUUGAUAAUAAACCUGCGAGCGUUGUAAAGCGUAUUUCUGAAUCAGUAUUGAAUAGUGGUCGAACUAUAGUUAUGGAUAAUUGGUUCACCUCAAUUCCUCUUAUUCAAGAACUAAAAAAUGAUUAUAACACUACGGUAGUUGGAACUAUUAGAAAAAAUAAAGCAGAAAUACCACCCGAUUUCGUUACUACUAAAAAAAAACCAGUUUACAGUAGUUUAUUCGGAUUUCAAAAAGACGUUAUGCUGGCUUCAUACGUUCCUAGAAAAAAUAAGAAUGUAUUAUUAUGUUCAUCAUUACAUUCAUCCGGAGUUAUUGACAAGAAUACUGGCGAUAGACAAAAACCAGAAAUCAUAACGUAUUAUAAUAAACACAAAGGUGGUGUUGAUACUGUUGACAAACUUAAGUCGGCGUACAGUGUAUCUAGAAAUAGUAACCGAUGGUCUUUGACAGCGUUCUUUAGUUUGAUGAAUAUUGCAACAAUAAAUAGUCAAAUUAUUUAUCGUGAAAAUACUCAGAAUAAAAUGAAAAGAUCUGCGUUUAUAAAGAUGAUUGCCCGUGAGUUGACUGAACCUUUAUUAAAACGAAGAUCUGAAAUGUCAACACUGCCGAUAGAUCUUCGUUCACGUAUAAAAUUUUACUCUGAUCGAAUAUUUACUAACGAAAUAAAUCAUCAAGCACGCGAUAUUUGUUAUUUGUGUCCGAGGCGUAAAAACAGAAAAUCUAAAACCCAGUGUGCAGAAUGUCUUAAAACAAUUUGCAGAGAACACACAAAGGCAAUUUGUGCCAAAUGUCAUGAUGUUGAUGAUGGGUUUUCGGAGGAGUAGUGGGUUGAAGCAAUAUUUUCUGAAUUACAAAUUCGCGAUUUGUAU